UCUUUUCUUAGCACUCAACUCAGUCAAAUGCCCACACACAAAACACACCAGUUUCACUUUCCCGCGCAAUAACUGACAGUCUCUCUCUCUUUUUUCUCUCGCCGGAGAAUCAAGAAAGAAAAUGAAACCGCUCGUUUUAGUGCUCGUCCUCCUCGUCUUUCUCCGAUUAACCACCACGAUCACCGCCGCAACUCCACGUUUUCUCUCCACCGCAGUCGGUGUAACCUACACAUCGUCAUUCUCACCGGCGAUUCCAUCACCACCGCCGGAUAAAAUCGCUGCCGCGAUCUCCUCCUUACAUUUCCGCUGCGUCCGCCUCACUGAUCCUGAACCUAACCUAAUCCGCUCCUUUUCAUACACAAACACCUCUCUGUUUCUCUCUAUCCCUAACUCCUUCCUCUUCCCCCUCGCCGCUAACCGCUCUCUCGCUCUCCGGUGGCUGUACGGUCAUGUUUUACCGUUUUACCCUCGCUCGAGAAUCUCACUCAUUUCAGUCGGAGACGAUGCCGUUUCAGCUCAACUCGCACCGCUUAUACUCCCGGCUAUUCGAAACGUUUAUUUAGCGUUACGUGGACUCGGAAUCGACAAAAUCGCCGUCUCCACAACUUUCUCCUUCGUCAACGCCGUUACGACGCCGUUUCCUCCGUCGUCAGCUCUAUUUCAAGAUCCGAUCGGCCGUCUGGUGAUCAGACCGUUAUUACAGUUUUUACAAGAGACGAACUCGUCGUUUUUAGUCAAGGUUUAUCCGUACAACAUGUACAGAUUAAACUCUGAGAUACCGAUCGGAUUCGCUUUGUUUCAACAACAUCCGUUCAAUUUCAGAGACGACACGGUGACCGGAGUUCGUUAUCGGAAUCUCUUCGAUAUGAUGGUUGACGCUGUUAUAGCCGCAAUGGCGGUGGCCGGACAUCAGAAUAUUCCAGUAAUUGUAGCUGAGACAGGCUGGCCGAGCUCUGGCGGUGAGGUGCGUGAGGUCGACGCGAGUCCGGAAUUUGCAGAGACUUAUAUAAAAGGAUUAGUUGGACAUUUGAAAUCCGGGCUCGGUGGUACGCCGUUGAGAAAAGAAGGCGGUGUUAAGGAGACGUAUAUUUUUGAAUUGGCUGAUAAAAAUGUGAAGCAAGAAGACGACGGCAGUACCAGAAAUUGGGGGAUUUUGUACCCUAAUUUGACUAGAAAGUAUCGUCACAUUGAUUUUUCCAGCGACGGGUCUGUUAACCGUGCCGGUUUUUUCAUGUUCGUUGCGGUCUGGUUUCUAAUAGCUGGUUUAUUAUCACUGCAAUAGCAGAAUUUUUGCUGAAGAUGAUGACCGGUGUUUGUUCUUGCUAGGGUUUUGUUAUCUGCUCUUUAAAUCAGGUAAACAUUUCUGAUUUGUGUCUGUUAAAUUCUGUUGUUGUUGUUUCCAUUGGAGAGUUAGAAAAAUAAGACUGUUAAUAUGCGAUUGAGGUUUUGAAGGAGAUUAAUCACUAAUUGUGAUUGGUUUUUUGUGAUGAAUUAGAUUUGUUUAGGUGUACAUUGUGAUUUAAGAGAUGAAAUUGUGAAUUUGGUGGUAGAUUUGUGAUUUGAUUUCGUCUCUUAAACCUUGUUAUGUACAUUUGAUUUUGAUAAAUGAAAUUGAACUUUCUUGUUCA